AUGAAGUUUAUAUUUUUCAUUUCAAUAUUCAUCAUUGUUUUGUCCAAUUCUUUGGCUCAAAAUGUGUUUUCAGAGUUUUUAAGAAAGUAAGUAAGACGAAUAUAUCAUUUCGAGAAGGCAAUAUUUUCAGCUCGAUUGAUGAAAAUGUUUUACCAUGUGAUGAUUUCUUCCGUCAUGCUUGUAGAAAAGACAACAAACAAGAUAUCGACACAAUUUUUGAAAAUGUAGUUAAAGAACUUUUUGAAAGUUCGAAUUACACUAGCCAAAAUGAAGAUGUCAACGCAUUUCAAAGUAUUCUCGAGACACCAGUUGCAGAAAUUCUGACAGAUUUUCAAAGCCAGACUCUAAAAGAGUUCCAGGGAUUAUCAAAAAACCAAGUCUCAAAAUAUCUUGCAAAACUUGGAAAAGUAUUCAGAGAUUAUUCAGUGAAUGCCGUGAAAUGUUUCGAUAAAGUCAAGGGAAACUCGAAGAUUUUCAGAAAAUGCCUAGAAAUCAUCAGCAGAGAUAUUUCUUCAGAUGUUCGUGAGAAAUUCAAUAUUCUUUAAUUAAAUUAUCAUUCAGGUUAUAACACAAAUGAGAAAAGUAAAUUAUAUCACUUUACAUCAAGCAAAAGCUUACAAAUGGUUAACAAAUGAGGGAAAAACAGCAAUCUCUCGACUAAACGGGACUCUUGAAGACAUUAGAAAACAUGCAGUAAAUUUGAUAGAGGUAAGAAUAGAAGAUCAUCUGAAAGUUUUCAAUUUAUUCUUACAGGAAACUCCAUGGAUCAAAAAUGCUCAUAAAAUAAACGUUUAUGAGAAACUUGCAAAAGAUAUUCAUUUUUUGGAUGAAUUUGAAAAUUAUCUUGAAAUAAGUGAGAACAAUUUGGAAAAAGCUGCAAAACAUUUCAAAAAAUGUUUGAAUUCUUUGAAAACUAGUGAAUCUAUAAACAAUAUCAUUUGCAUUCUUGAUAGAGAACUGACAAAAUAUAGAUUCAAAUCAAUUAUUCGUGAUGGGAAUAACGGCGGAAACACUGGAUAUAAACUUGUGUUUGGAGAAAAUUUUUACUAUACUGCAAAAGAAGUUGAGAAUGAUGCAGAAUUUGUAAGUAGUAGUUUAUUUUGAAAAAUCUCAUUUGUAAUUAUUUUCAGAUGGGCUUUGUUGGAUCGUCUCUCCUUGGACAUGAAUUUGGACAUUCAAUUAUUGUCAGCGAUCGGGACAUAUAUGACAAUUCAGAUUUGAUGUUCUCAAAUGUUACGAAAGAAUGCGUCCAAGACCAAUUCAAAAAUUCUUGUGAUAAAUUCCAAGAGGUGAGAAAAUACGACAAAGAUUCCUAAAGAUACAUAAGUUUUCUAGGGUAGUUGUGAAAUAACAGAAACGACGUUUGAUGACAAUGGAUCCGAUUUGGUCGGUUUGCAACUGACCUAUGAUUUAUUCAAACAAAAACAGAAAAGACGAUCAAACUCCCAGAAAAUUGUAGAUGCAAUAUCUCCUGAAAAAUUGUUUUUCUACGCGUAUUCCACAGGAUGGUGUCAGGUGCGUGUUUUUAUUUGAAAAAAAUAUAUAGCAAAGUCUUUUCUUUCAGCCAAUAUCUUCCGGAGACGGUCAACAUUCUCCACAAAAUAUUCGAGUUAAUGCGGUAGUUGUUCAAAUUCCAGAUUUUGCACAACUUUUUGGGUGUAGUGCAGAUUCUCCGAUGAUGCAAACUAACAAAAAACAAUGUGUUUUAUUUGGUAAAGAUGCUUCUACUACAAAACAUAAUAAUGAGAAUUUGGGCUUGGAAUGA